GAUCAUCGAAAAAUAUAACUAAACAAAUAAAUAACCCAAUUGAGUUUCAUAUAAAAUGGACCAAUGUGCCUCAAACUUCAGAACAACAAGAAGCGACAAUCACAUAGAACACUAUACAACAGAUAUCACUUAGCAAACUUCAAAACAAUCACUAUGGAGAUGAAAUAUUGUCUUUUACUCAUAGGAGUUGCAAUCUCGUUCAGUUUUACAAACUCAAAGCCUAUCUCAAUAAAACAUGAAUUUCGCUGCCCAACUUUAUAUGGUUUAUACCCUGAUCUCACAAACUGCUCCAACUUCUACCAGUGCGCUGCAGGAGUAUCCUAUCAUAAGACAUGUUAUUAUGGUCUUCUGUUCAAUCCUGCCAGGUUUAUAUGCGACUGGCCCCGUAACGUUGUAUGUGCUGAAGCUACGACUACCACUGAAGGUACAACUACUACAAGGGAAGUAAACACUGGAGGUGAAUCUCACACAGGCACUGGAGAGCCAGCCACUACACCUGAGGAUGGCAGUGGUAGUGGAGAGGAGAUUGUAACAGACGCACCAGCAGUGUUUGUGUGCCCUGAGCGAUUUGGUUUAUAUGAGGACGAAACAGAUUGCUACAGAUUCUGGCAGUGUUCCUAUGGGGUAGCAUACUCCCUUGUUUGCCCUGAAAACCUCAUAUACAAUGCAGAGAAGGAACAAUGCGACUACCCAGGGGUAUGGUCUGAGAAAUGGACCAAUGGGGAAUGUGCUGACAUCGUAGACAUGUCCGUUGCAAGAAGAGCUGUGGCUGAUGAUGAGGCAGGAGUCGAAAUUGAUGAGGUUGAUGGAAAUGAAAAUGAGACCGAAGUUAUUGUCACAGAUUUUAAAUGCCCUGAAUUCUUUGGUCUCUUCACUGACCCAGAAGACUGUACAAAAUGGUGGCACUGUGCACAUAAUACCCCCUUUCAUAUGGACUGCCCCCUAGGCCUCCACUUUAACACUAAGACCAGCCAGUGUGACUGGCCCGAGAAUGCCCGCUGCGGGGAGAAUGAGGGAUCUGGAGCAGUGGAUACAACUGUUGCUGUGGAAACAUACCCUCCCCCAACAUGGGAAAAUGUGAUUUCUGAAGAUUUCAAGUGUCCACUCCCUACCGGUCUCUACCUGGACCCAGAAGACUGUAGCAAGUUCUACCACUGUUCCAAUGAUAUAGCCUACCACAAGGACUGCCCCCUAGGACAGCACUUUGACUUCAAGACCAUUAGGUGUGACCUACCUGAGGUGGCUAACUGCCCAAUGAUGCAAGCAUAAGCUCCAUGAUGCAAGCAUAGGUUCAAUGGUGCAUAGAACAACAAGCUCGAAUAAUUCAAAUGGCAGUUACAUAUAAACACUUCCAAUUCAAGACAUGAUACUUAACAAAAGUUCCAAACUUUUUCAAAAUUUUCAUUUUUGAAAAUGACUUUUUUAUCAAAGGGGCUGUAACCCUCGGGGCCCCAAAACAGCUAAAAACUAAGUGAUUAAUACUACAGACUUAGUAGUAUUAAGUAGUUACUAUACUAGAUAUAAGGAGUUUACCAUGCAGUAUUAAUAUAAGGAAGACUGUGAUCUCAUUUAGAUAUACAGCUGAACCAAAAACUAUCAAAUACUUUCCCAGUUAUAAGACUUUGAACAACACUCUAAACAGGACUUUAAAAAAAGAAUGUGGCGCAAUAUUUUGGAUUACCACAAUUUUCUUUGAAAUGAUCUCAUUAUGUAAAUAAUUGAGCAAAUAUUGUUUAAACUUUUUUUGUAAGCACUUGAUCUCAAAAAACAAGGAACUCUCAUUUUAUGCCGAUCAACAUGGUAAUAAAAAUGUCUCAUGACAUGUUGAGUGUUUUGUCAUAUACGUAUUGAAUCUUCAAUGACAUGUUGAGUGUUUCAAGAUAUGUUGAGUUUUUUAUGUUAUG